UCAAGAGGUGGUGUGACAGAGUGAACUGGUUAAAACUGGUUCCACUGAACCAUCUACAGCAAUAUGUUUUUCACCGCGCAUCCUCCGACAAAUCGUAGAGCACCACCACCAUGCGGGCAAAAAGAACAAGAACCUCCAACUGGACUACUACAUUGUCGAACGCACAGUUUAUAGAAGUGUAUGUUCUUGCGGAUUCAGCAGAGAUGUAGAACUGUAAUACUGCGUUCCGAUUUUAAGUAAAUAGCAUUAACGACCAUUUGAGGGUAAAAACAGUGCAAAUGUGCAUGUUCUUCGUUUUUUGGAAGACAUUACAGACUAUUCCACAAAUAUUUGUGACAGUGAAAGAAGCGAAUAUUGGAGCAAGGUCACUCAUACAUAUAACUCCUGUGAGGAAUAAGGAUUUAUUGCUGGUUCAAGGUACAGUGGUUGAUGUCGAAGCUGGACUUUAAUUACCUUUAAGUAUAGUUUCAGUAUUUUCUUACAUGUUUUCUACGACUACUUAGUUUAUAUUAAAUGUUAACAGCAUUUUUCUUUCUGACUCUCCAAAAAUAUUUAUAAAUGAGUAAGUUUUCUAUAAUAUACAGAAACACAAGAUUAAACAAGAAAAUUGCAAUUUUAACUUUCAUGGGCGUCGGUGGUGAGAAGUCUUAUGCAACUAAAGCCAGCUCGAUCUGAUUGGACCAUUUAAUUUUACGCUCCAAAAAGAUUGAAAAGAAAAGCAGCCUGCCAUGUCAUGGGAGAGCAUUAAUUCCAAGGAUCUCCUUAGCAUCCCACCAAGCCAGAAUCUGUCUGCAACACGUUUACUUACAUCACCUGAUGGAUCUCGUUACCUAUUGGAAAAUUCAAGCGACUUGUGUCACUUAGAUGAGAGUUUUUCGCGGUUGGCGGGAUAUGGAUCCAGUCCAGACGUAGGAUCACGUUCGGCAUGGGCUAGCCAGGCGCUAUUACGAUCAGGUUCUGUUAUCAGUUGCUUUUUGUCCUGCCAGCAAAGCUUAAGGCAGUACAUAGCUAAACGGAAGAUCGAGCGAGGACGACGGCUAUAUGAACAAAACAAUCAAACGGAGGCCGUACGCACUUGGCGUAGUGCACUGAAAGGGACGUGCCAAAGAGAGGACUGCUUCCAGCUACUAGGAUAUUUGUAUCAGGCACAUAUGGACUGGGGAAAAUUUCGUGAGGCAAUAGAAUUUAGUCAUCAGCAGCUCGGAAUUUCAGAGGAGCUGGAUUCGCCAAAUAUGAGAGCCGAGACGUAUUUAAAUCUCAGCAGGGCACACGCCAGCUUGGGAGGCUUAGAGCGAUCGCUGAGUUAUGCCAGGCACUCACUUUACAAUGAGUGCGGCACUAAAUGCAGAAGUGGACUUGUCCAUUUGACGGUUGCACGUGUAUACCUAGAAAUGGGUGGGUUCUCUAGGGCUUUGGAGGGCUUGCAGGGUGCCUACAAAAUUGCCACAGCUAUUGGAGAUCCAUCACUGGAGUUACAAGUGUAUGUCGCGCUUUCUGAGCUUUUCGGACGCCUUCAGGAUAACGAUAAAAGUGCAACAUACGCUUCUAAAGCCUACGACUUAUCACGAUCACUGCAACUGGGUGACCUAAACUCAUGCCACCAUAGAGCAGCUCUAUUGCGAAUGGCGGUUUCUCUCCGCAAGCAGGGUGAGCUUGGAGACGCGCAAGAUUAUUGUAAGGAGGCCACUAAGCUUUCCCUUAUUUCUGGAGACCAGGCGACUUACACGAGAAGUAUUCGCGUCAUGGGCGACAUUUACAGAAAGAAAAUGGACAUGGAUCGUGCAUUCCGGCAAUAUGAACAAGCUAUGGGUACGUCGGCAAGCUUAGGAGAUCGUAUGGCCCAAAUGGAGGCUAUGGAUGGAGCAGCUCGUUGUUUGGAAACACUCCGUCUACAGAACAAGAUCUGCAAUUGCAGACCACUAGAAUUUAACACAAGACUUCUGGAAGUUGCCAGCUCAAUUGGAGCCAAGUUUCUGGUUCGCAAAAUUCGUUGCCGACUGGCAUUGAUCUACCGGGCACUAGGAGACGAAGAUCAAUACAACACCCAUUUUAGACUAGCUAAUCAAACGGAUGCUGCGCUAGGCUUAAAUUGCGGAGCGUGUGGGGAGUUGCUUGGACUUCGUCCAGAAAACUUGGAAGCUCUACCCUGUGCACACAUUCUUCAUGCAAGAUGUGCCUAUGAAAUUUUGCGACGGCGGGAGAAAAAUGCCCCGCGAUCAUGCCCCGCCUGCAACAAACUGAUCAGCUCACGCACACAUCUCUGCGGCAGCGUUCCGGUUGAAAGUGAAAGCACCAACAGAGGCGGCACAGCCGCUUCUACCUUCAAUACGAAUUCUUUGUCGGUCGACGGCCUCCUAGGGAUAAACUCCGACAUCCUUUUACCUUCGGCUGCGUUUUGCUACGUUCAGAAUCCAGCUCUAGAUACCGAAAACAGCGCUCUCCUGUCUCCCAAAGUCAUUUACCACAGCAACUUAUCAUUGGCAUCGCUAAGUAUGCGUGCGUCUAGCCUGACAAUCGAUAGCGGCCAAAAUGUGACGUCAUCUGUGUGAAAGAAACAACUCCACUUUGAGCACCUAAAAGUUGGAAUAUCGUGAUAUCGUGCAAUAUCUGGAACGAUACGGAUUUUAUCGCUUGUUAUUAUAGAUAGAUAGUUUUUCUUUUGAAUUAUAGAUUAUUGCAUUUUAAAUGCUCACAGAAGUUUUUGAUUUAGUUCUAAGCCUGUUGCGAACAUUUGAGACACAAGCAUUUGAACUACUGCUUAUGCUUAGAUCCUAACUUGUUUCUCUACUACAGUACCUUAUCCAAACAAGUACUUGUCACGUAUUGUGUAUUGUCGUAGGCUAAAAUUAGUUCGCAGUUACAUGCUAGAUUGAUCUUACAUUUAGAGUAUGAAUGUGCACACACAAAAGUUGUUUAAAAUAAAUCGUUACUAUGUGUUACUAACACCAAUUAAUACAAAUAAAUUUAGUAAGUCUUCCUAACUGACUUAUACUUGUUGCUCGUUGAGUAAA